CCGCGCCGGGCGGAAGCGCGGGGGCGUGGCUGGCCAUGGCGGAGGGCGGCGCGGAGCCGGGGGACGACGGCCCCGGCCCCGGCCCCGGCCCCGGGCUGGCCCUGGUCGAGAGCAGCGCUGGCCGCGCCGGCCGCGUCACGGACCCCGGGGAUCUAGUGGCCCUGGCCCGGCAGGUGCAGCAGGCCGAUGACUUUGUCCGAGCAAAUGCCUGCAGCAAACUGACAGUCAUUGCUGAGCAGAUCCGGCACCUGCAGGAGCAGGCACGGAAGGCCUUGGAUGAAGCUAACAGGGAUGCUGAUCUGAACCACGUGGCCUGCAACCUUGUGAAGAAGCCAGGAAAUGUUUACUACAUGUACAGGCGGGAGAGUGGGCAGCGAUACUUCUCCAUCCUGUCUCCUAAGGAAUGGGGUACCACUCCCCAUGAAUUUCUUGGUGCCUAUAAGCUCCAGCAUGACAUGUCCUGGACUCCGUUUGAGGACAUAGAGAGACGAGAUGCUGAAAUAGCUGUCCUGGAGAAGCUGCUGAGCCGGCAGGCAGCACUGCCCCUGUGCACGGAGCCCAACUUCCAGGGCCUGACCACGUCACACAAGUGACCACACAGGACCCCCUGAGCAGAGUCCCUGAGUGAGGGGAUACAGUUCCUGUACGCUGCCAAAGGCAGGGCAGGGAAAGAGACCAAGGAACAAAAAUGCUGGCUGCUUUGUGCUUUAAGGAGACUAAUUCUGCAUUCAGUCUUACUGGAUUUUCUAGUAAUUUAAUAAUUUACUUCAUUGACCUGUGCCAAGCUGUAGCAAGAGGCAGGUGAUACCAGGAGGUGUGAGUUCCAAGAGUGCUUGGAGCGAAGAGCAGAAAUGCUUGGGGCAGAUGUGAUAAUGCUGUAAAAUAAUAUCUCCUCUCUGCUUGGCUCUGGUGUAUCUCA